CGGGCAAAAGUUAGUCUUUGAUAAUUAUAAUUCAGUUUAGAUAUAGUUUAGUGUUGUACAUACGUUUGUAGGUGCAUGUUUUUAAAUAUGUUUGUGAUAUAAGACAAACAUGUUAAUCAUCAUAUUAAGCGUCUUAGCGACAACAACAGCUAUCCCGCUCACGUGCACGCCAGGACAGUUGCUACCCCACGAGAGUGAAUGCGACAAAUACUAUGUAUGCAACUUCGGAGAGAAGAUUCUGAAUGCGUGCGGGAAUGGACUGUAUUUCGAUCCAGUUUUACAGGUUUGCAACUGGCCAGCACGAGUUGACUGCCAGUCAAAGACAACGGAAAACUCGACCAUAGAUAGUGUAGUCUCAAUUUUGCCCAACGGUUGUCCGGCAGAUUUAACUGUGCACAAAUUGCUGCCACACGAAUAUGAUUGUAGUAAAUUUUAUUAUUGCAAUUUUGGAGACAAACUUGAGAGGUCUUGCAGUGAUGGACUGUAUUUCAAUUCAGUAUUACAGGUCUGUGACUGGCCUUACGCAACGAAUUGUACUCAAACUAUUGAAGUAACAACUCCAGACGAACUUACAACAACAGAAAACUCAAUAGCUACGGAACAACAAGUGACAACAGACAUUAUUGAUCAAACAACAGUAGUCACUGACCAAACCACAACAACUGAUAAAGAACAGACAACAAUUGAAGUUACUGAUAAAACUAUAACAACAAAGAAAAAUCUAACAAUGGACGUAACAAAUGAACCUAAUACUGAUGAACCGAUUACUGAAGUAACAGAUAAAACAACCGUUGAAACAAUUACUGAAGCAAGUACAGAUGGAUCAGUGACAAAUAGUCCUGUGACAGAUGGACCAGCAACAGAUUGGAUAACUACAGAUGGACCGGUGACAAACAGUCCAGUGACUGAUGGACCAGCAACAGAUGGAUCAGUUACAAACAGUUCAGUGACUGAUGGACCAGGAACUGAUUGGAUUACUAUAGAUGGAGCAGUGACGAAUAGUCCAGUGACUGAUGGACCAGCAACAGAUUGGAUUACUAUAGAUGGACCAGUGACAAACAGUCCAGUGACUGAUGGACCAGCAAUAGAUUGGAAUACUAUAGAUGGACCAACAACAAAUGGUCCAGUGACUGAUGGACCAGCAACAGAUUGGUUAACUACAGAUGGACCAGUGACAAACAGUCCAGUGACUAAUGGACCAGCAACAGAUUGGAUUACUACAGAUGGAUCAACAAUAAAUGGUCCAGUGACUGAUGGACCAGCAACAGAUUGGUUAACUACAGAUGGACCAGUGACAAACAGUCCAGUGGCUGAUAGACCAGCAACAGAUGGAUCAGUGACAAACAGUCCAGUGACUGAUGAACCAUCAACAGAUUGGAUUAAUACAGAUGGACCAGUGACAAACAGUCCAGUGACUGAUGGACCAGCAACAGAUUGGAUAACUACAGAUGGACCAGUGACAAACAGUCUAGUGACUGAUGGACCAGGAACAGAUGGGCCAGGAACACUUGGGCCUAUAACAGAUAUCACAUCAACUGAUGAUCUAGCAACAGAAAUUACAAGAACUGAAUCAGUAACGGACGAAUCAAUAUGGACAACCAAUGAGCUAACCAGUGAAUCUUACACUCACGAUUCAACUACAACUAAUGGUGUCACAGAUGAUAUAAACGAACCUUCAGUGGAAAACGUUAUUGAUGUUACAACAAUCGCUCCAACAACAGAGAAAGAUAAAACAGAAAAUGACGACGAUUCUACAACAACAGAAAUUGUUAAUGAACAAUUUACUUGUCCACCAAGUUUUGUAGGUUAUGUGCCACAUCCGAAGAUCUGUGACUCUUUUUAUUUAUGUUCUAACGCAGUAGCAGUCCAGCUAUUCUGCCAGACUGGAUUUGAAUUUGAUACCAGCGCCAAUACUUGUGUACCAAUAUCUGAUGGUGGCUGUACUCUUGGUUUCACAACACAAACAACAAAAGAUAUACCUGCAACUGACGGCGUCAAAGAAGAAUUUACCACAACAACGCUAACAACAAUUAAAGAUUCAACUACAGAUGAUGUAGCUACUGACUAUAUUACUAAAGACUUAUCUACACCUAUAACUGUGCCAACUGAAGAAAACACAGGAGGUUUAACAACAGAUGUAACAAGCACUACAGAAUUGCCAACAACAAUAAAUGAUAUAACUACAGAAACUUAUCCAACAGAAGAAGCAACAACAGAAAUUGACACUACAGAACCAACGACGGUUGAAGUGAUAACAACAGAAGUAGCGACAACUGAAAUUUCAACUGAAGGAACAGCGUCUUCAAUAUGUCCUCCAGAUUUUAUGGGCCAUGUACCACACCCAGAGUUUUGUGAUUUGUUUUACUUGUGUAUAAAUGGCCAGGGUAUACAGCAAACUUGUCAAGCUGGCUUUGAAUUUGAUCCUGUAGUUAGUACGUGUGUCCUGAUCUCCGAAGGAGGCUGCACUCUCAGAUCAAGCACUACACAACCAAUCACAGAUGCUGCAACAACUGAACAUAUAGAGGAAUCUACAACAAACAUCUUAUCGACUCCAAUAACAGAACCAACAACUAUUGAAAACACUACACCAGGAAUCACAACUGGUUCUGAUAUAACGAGUACAGAACAGCCUGUUACAAAUGAUAUUAGCACUACAGAAGAAUUGACUACUCACCAAGUCUCAACCGAAGAAGUGAUAGAUACAACUACAGUAGAAGUUUCUACUGAAAAGUUCACAACUACAGAAUUUCCAAUUGAUUUCUCAACAACUGCAGCCACGGAAAUUGUUACAUCAACUGAAUUAAGUACUGAUGAGAUAAGAACUGAAUUACCCACAACUAAAGAUUCAGUAACAAUUCCAAUAGAAUUACCUACUACUGUUGUAGAUACAACCACCGAUAGUCCUUUAACUACUGAACAAGAAACGACAGAAACAGAACAGAUUAUAACUGAAUUACCCACAACUAUAGAUUUAACAACAAUUCCAACAGAAUUACCUACUACUGUUGAAGAAACAACCACAGACGGUACUCUAACUACUGACCAAGGAACGACAGUAACAGAACAGCUGACAACAGUUGAAGUGGCAACAACAGAAGCUUCAACAGAACAGAUUACAAAAGAAGCUACAACAGCAGCAUCUAUAUGUCCUCCAGAUUUCGUGGGUCAUGUAGCUCAUUCAGAAAGAUGUGAUUUGUUUUACUUCUGCCUGAAUGGGAUGGCCAUAGAGCAGUCCUGUCAAACUGGUUUCCAAUUCGAUCCUAAUGCUGGUACAUGUGUCCUGAUAGCCGAAGGAGGAUGCUCUUUUGGAUCAAGCACUACACAACCAAUCACAGAUGCUGCAACAACUGAACAUAUAGAGGAAUCUACAACAGACAUCUUAUCAACUCCAAUAACAGAACCAACAACUAUUGAAAACACUACACCAGGAAUCACAACUGGUUCUGAUAUAACGAAUACAGAACAGCCUGUCACAAAUGAUGUUACCACUACAGAAGAAUUGACUACUCACCAGGUCUCAACCGAAGAAGUGAUAGAUACUACUACAGUAGAAGUUUUUACUGAAAACUUCACAACUACAGAAUUUCCAAUUGAUUUCUCAACAACUGCAGCCACGGAAAAUGUUACAUCAACUGAAUUAACUACUGAUGAGAUAACAACUGAAUUACCCACAACUAUAGAUUUAACAACAAUUCCAACAGAAUUACCUACUACUGUUGAAGAAACAACCACAGACGGUACUCUAACUACUGACCAAGGAACAACAGUAACAGAACAGCUGACAACAGUUGAAGUGGCAACAACAGAACAGAUUACAACAGAAGCGACUACAGCAGCAUCUAUAUGUCCUCCAGAUCUCGUGGGUCAUGUAGCUCAUCCAGAAAUAUGUGAUUUGUUUUACUUAUGCCUGAAUGGGAUGGCCAUAGAGCAGUCUUGUCAAACUGGUUUCGAAUUCGAUCCUAAUGCUGGUACAUGUGUCCUGAUAGCCGAAGGAGGAUGCACUUUUGGAUCAAGCACUACACAACCAAUCACAGAUGCUGCAACAACUGAACAUAUAGAGGAAUCUACAACAGACAUCUUAUCGACUCCAAUAACAGAACCAACAACUAUUGAAAACACUACACCAGGAAUCACAACUGGUUCUGAUAUAACGAGUACAGAACAGCCUGUCACAAAUGAUGUUAGCACUACAGAAGAAUUGACUACUCACCAGGUCACAACCGAAGAAGUGAUAGAUACAACUACAGUAGGAGUUUCUACUGAAAAGUUCACAACUACAGAAUUUCCAAUUGAUUUCUCAACAACUGCAGCCACGGAAAUUGUUACAUCAACUGAAUUAAGUACUGAUGAGAUAACAACUGAAUUACCCACAACUAAAGAUUCAGUAACAAUUCCAACAGAAUUACCUACUACUGUUGUAGAUACAACCACCGAUAGUCCUUUAACUACUGAACAAGAAACGACAGAAACAGAACAGAUUAUAACUGAAUUACCCACAACUAUAGAUUUAACAACAAUUCCAACAGAAUUACCUACUACUGUUGAAGAAACAACCACAGACGGUACUCUAACUACUGACCAAGGAACGACAGUAACAGAACAGCUGACAACAGUUGAAGUGGCAACAACAGAAGCUUCAACAGAACAGAUUACAACAGAAGCUACAACAGCAGCUUCUAUAUGUCCUCCAGAUUUCGUGGGUCAUGUAGCUCAUCCAGAAAUAUGUGAUUUGUUUUACUUAUGCCUGAAUGGGAUGGCCAUAGAGCAGUCCUGUCAAACUGGUUUCGAAUUCGAUCCUAAUGCUGGUACAUGUGUCCUGAUAGCCGAAGGAGGAUGCACUUUUGGAUCAAGCACUACACAACCAAUCACCGAUGCUGCAACAACUGAACAUAUAGAGGAAUCUACAACAGAAAUCUUAUCGACUCCAAUAACAGAACCAACAACUAUUGAAAACACUACACCAGGAAUCACAACUGGUUCUGAUAUAACGAGUACAGAACAGCCUAUUACAAAUGAUAUUAGCACUACAGAAGAAUUGACUACUCACCAAGUUUCAACCGAAGAAGUGAUAGAUACAACUACAGUAGAAGUUUCUACUGAAAAGUUCAUAACUACAGAAUUUCCAAUUGAUUUCUCAACAACUGCAGCCACGGAAAUUGUUACAUCAACUGAAUUUACUACUGAUGAGAUAACAACUGAAUUACCCACAACUAUAGAUUCAGUAACAAUUCCAACAGAAUUACCUACUACUAUUGUAGAUACAACCACCGAUAGUCCUUUAACUACUGAACAAGAAACGACAGAAACAGAACAGAUUAUAACUGAAUUACCCACAACUAUGGAUUUAAUAACAAUUCCUACAGAAUUACCUACUAUUGUUGAAGAAACAACCACAGACGGUACUCUAACUACUGACCAAGUAACGACAGUAACAGAACAGCUGACAACAGUUGAAGUGGCAACAACAGAAGCUUCAACAGAACAGAUUACAACAGAAGCUACAACAGCAGCAUCUAUAUGUCCUCCAGAUUUCGUGGGUCAUGUAGCUCAUCCAGAAAUAUGUGAUUUGUUUUACUUAUGCCUGAAUGGGAUGGCCAUAGAGCAGUCCUGUCAAACUGGUUUCGAAUUCGAUCCUAAUGCUGGUACAUGUGUCCUGAUAGCCGAAGGAGGAUGCACUUUUGGAUCAAGCACUACACAACCAAUCACAGAUGCUGCAACAACUGAACAUAUAGAGGAAUCUACAACAGACAUCUUAUCGACUCCAAUAACAGAACCAACAACUAUUGAAAACACUACACCAGGAAUCACAACUGGUUCUGAUAUAACGAGUACAGAACAGCCUGUCACAAAUGAUGUUGGCACUACAGAAGAAUUGCCUACUCACCAAGUUUCAACCGAAGAAGUGAUAGAUACAACUACAGUAGAAGUUUCUACUGAAAAGUUCACAACUACAGAAUUUCCAAUUGAUUUCUCAACAACUGCAGCCACGGAAAUUGUUACAUCAACUGAAUUUACUACUGAUGAGAUAACAACUGAAUUACCCACAACUAUAGAUUCAGUAACAAUUCCAACAGAAUUACCUACUACUAUUGUAGAUACAACCACCGAUAGUCCUUUAACUACUGAACAAGAAACGACAGAAACAGAACAGAUUAUAACUGAAUUACCCACAACUAUGGAUUUAAUAACAAUUCCUACAGAAUUACCUACUAUUGUUGAAGAAACAACCACAGACGGUACUCUAACUACUGACCAAGUAACGAUAGUAACAGAACAGCUGACAACAGUUGAAGUGGCAACAACAGAAGCUUCAACAGAACAGAUUACAACAGAAGCUACAACAGCAGCAUCUAUAUGUCCUCCAGAUUUCGUGGGUCAUGUAGCUCAUCCAGAAAUAUGUGAUUUGUUUUACUUAUGCCUGAAUGGGAUGGCCAUAGAGCAGUCCUGUCAAACUGGUUUCGAAUUCGAUCCUAAUGCUGGUACAUGUGUCCUGAUAGCCGAAGGAGGAUGCACUUUUGGAUCAAGCACUACACAACCAAUCACCGAUGCUGCAACCACUGAACAUAUAGAGGAAUCUACAACAGAAAUCUUAUCGACUCCAAUAACAGAACCAACAACUAUUGAAAACACUACACCAGGAAUCACAACUGGUUCUGAUAUAACGAGUACAGAACAGCCUAUUACAAAUGAUAUUAGCACUACAGAAGAAUUGACUACUCACCAAGUUUCAACCGAAGAAGUGAUAGAUACAACUACAGUAGAAGUUUCUACUGAAAAGUUCACAACUACAGAAUUUCCAAUUGAUUUCUCAACAACUGCAGCCACGGAAAUUGUGACAUCAACUGAAUUUUCUACUGAUGAGAUAACAACUGAAUUACCCACAACUACAGAUUCAGUAACAAUUCCAACAGAAUUACCUACUACUAUUGUAGAUACAACCACCGAUAGUCCUUUAACUACUGAACAAGAAACGACAGAAACAGAACAGAUUAUAACUGAAUUACCCACAACUAUGGAUUUAAUAACAAUUCCUACAGAAUUACCUACUAUUGUUGAAGAAACAACCACAGACGGUACUCUAACUACUGACCAAGUAACGACAGUAACAGAACAGCUGACAACAGUUGAAGUGGCAACAACAGAAGCUUCAACAGAACAGAUUACAACAGAAGCUACAACAGCAGCAUCUAUAUGUCCUCCAGAUUUCGUGGGUCAUGUAGCUCAUCCAGAAAUAUGUGAUUUGUUUUACUUAUGCCUGAAUGGGAUGGCCAUAGAGCAGUCCUGUCAAACUGGUUUCGAAUUCGAUCCUAAUGCUGGUACAUGUGUCCUGAUAGCCGAAGGAGGAUGCACUUUUGGAUCAAGCACUACACAACCAAUCACAGAUGCUGCAACAACUGAACAUAUAGAGGAAUCUACAACAGACAUUUUAUCGACUCCAAUAACAGAACCAACAACUAUUGAAAACACUACACCAGGAAUCACAACUGGUUCUGAUAUAACGAGUACAGAACAGCCUGUCACAAAUGAUGUUGGCACUACAGAAGAAUUGCCUACUCACCAGGUCACAACCGAAGAAGUGAUAGAUACAACUACAGUAGAAGUUUCGACUGAAAAGUUCACAACUACAGAAUUUCCAAUUGAUUUCUCAACAACUGCAGCCACGGAAAUUGUUACAUCAACUGAAUUGACUACUGAUGAGAUAACAACUGAAUUACCCACAACUAUAGAUUCAGUAACAAUUCCAACAGAAUUACCUACUUCUGUUGUAGAUACAACCACCGAUAGUCCUUUACAAGAAACGACAGAAACAGAACAGAUUAUAACUGAAUUACCUACAACUAUAGAUUUAACAAUAAUUCCAACAGAAUUACCUACUACUGUUGAAGAAACAACCACAGACGGUACUCUAACUACUGACCAAGGAACGACAGUAAUAGAACAGCUGACAACAGUUGAAGUGGCAACAACAGAAGCUUCAACAGAACAGAUUACAACAGAAGCUACAACAGCAGCAUCUAUAUGUCCUCCAGAUUUCGUGGGUCAUGUAGCUCAUCCAGAAAUAUGUGAUUUGUUUUACUUAUGCCUGAAUGGGAUGGCCAUAGAGCAGUCCUGUCAAACUGGUUUCGAAUUCGAUCCUAAUGCUGGUACAUGUGUCCUGAUAGCCGAAGGAGGAUGCACUUUUGGAUCAAGCACUACACAACCAAUCACAGAUGCUGCAACAACUGAACAUAUAGAGGAAUCUACAACAGACAUCUUAUCAACUCCAAUAACAGAACCAACAACUAUUGAAAACACUACACCAGGAAUCACAACUGGUUCUGAUAUAACGAAUACAGAACAGCCUGUCACAAAUGAUGUUACCAUUACAGAAGAAUUGACUACUCACCAGGUCUCAACCGAAGAAGUGAUAGAUACUACUACAGUAGAAGUUUUUACUGAAAACUUCACAACUACAGAAUUUCCAAUUGAUUUCUCAACAACUGCAGCCACGGAAAAUGUUACAUCAACUGAAUUAACUACUGAUGAGAUAACAACUGAAUUACCCACAACUAUAGAUUUAACAACAAUUCUAACAGAAUUACCUACUACUGUUGAAGAAACAACCACAGACGGUACUCUAACUACUGACCAAGGAACAACAGUAACAGAACAGCUGACAACAGUUGAAGAGGCAACAACAGAACAGAUUACAACAGAAGCGACUACAGCAGCAUCUAUAUGUCCUCCAGAUCUCGUGGGUCAUGUAGCUCAUCCAGAAAGAUGUGGUUUGUUUUACUUAUGCCUGAAUGGGAUGGCCAUAGAGCAGUCCUGUCAAACUGGUUUCGAAUUUGAUCCUAAUGCUGGUACAUGUGUCCUGAUAGCCGAAGGAGGAUGCACUUUUGGAUCAAGUACUACACAACCAAUCACAGAUGCUGCAACAACUGAACAUAUAGAGGAAUCUACAACAGACAUCUUAUCGACUCCAAUAACAGAACCAACAACUAUUGAAAACACUACACCAGGAAUCACAACUGAUUCUGAUAUAACGAGUACAGAACAGCCUGUCACAAAUGAUGUUAGCACUACAGAAGAAUUGACUACUCACCAGGUCACAACCGAAGAAGUGAUAGAUACAACUACAGUAGAAGUUUCUACUGAAAAGAUCACAUCUACAGAAUUUCCAAUUGAUUUCUCAACAACUGCAGCCACGGAAAUUGAUACAUCAACUGAAUUAACUAUUGAUGAGAUAACAACUGAAUUACCCACAACUAUAGAUUCAGUAACAAUUCCAACAGAAUUACCUACUACUGUUGUAGAUACAACCACCGAUAGUCCUUUAACUACUGAACAAGAAACGACAGAAACAGAACAGAAUAUAACUGAAUUACCCACAACUAUAGAUUUAAUAACAAUUCCAACAGAAUUACCUACUACUGUUGAAGAAACAACCACAGACGGUACUCUAACUACUGACCAAGGAACGACAGUAACAGAACAGCUGACAACAGUUGAAGUGGCAACAACAGAAGCUUCAACAGAACAGAUUACAACAGAAGCGACUACAGUAGCAUCUAUAUGUCCUCCAGAUUUCGUUGGUCAUGUAGCUCAUCCAGAAAUAUGUGAUUUGUUUUACUUAUGCCUGAAUGGGAUGGCCAUAGAGCAGUCCUGUCAAACUGGUUUCGAAUUCGAUCCUAAUGCUGGUACAUGUGUCACGGUUGCCGAUGGAGGUUGUUCUCUUGGAUUCAAUACAACCACAGUAGUAACAAGCACUACCGAAGAAUCAACCUCGAGAAUAGUUACAACUGAAUCCAUUACAACACAAGUAACUGAUAUUACAUCUACAGUGUCAACAACGAUCAAAACAACAACAGAGAUUGAUCAAAUAACAACAGAGAUUGAUGAAACAACAACAGCGAUUGAAGAAACAACAACAGAGAUUGAAGAAACAACAACUGUGAUUGAAGAAUCGACAACAGAAUCUAAUGAAAUGACAACACAGGAACCUAUCUGUCCAGAAGGAACAGCAAGUUAUGUAGCACACCCAACAAUAUGCGAUACAUUUUACCUAUGUGCGAAUGGGAUGGCUAUACAAUUGCAAUGUCAAACUGGAUUUGAAUUCGACCCAGCGGCUGGUGUAUGCGUACCCAUCUCUGAAGAAGGAUGUACGGCAAAUUCUAUGGCUAUUAGAAUUCUAUACGGAACUUAUUUAAAAUAAUCGCACCCGCCAACAAUUACAAGAUAAAUAGAUAAAAUCUUUAUUUGUAGCCACAAUAAAAAAUACACAACACAUACAGGUUCUUAAUAUUAAUAACACACACAAUACAAAUCAGAGUGUGUUGCAGCAAACACAACUCAGCGGUACUAUUACCCGGAGGGGUGCAAUGAUUUUCAGUUGUGACCUUAAAAUACCUAGAUGUGAACGCGAGAUACAAAGACGACGAUAACGGGCAGUGAUUACUAUACAAUAAUUGAUCACACAGAUUACAAUCGUAAUAAAUAAAUUAAUAAAUAAAUUAAUAUAUAAAGUUAAAAUUUCAACAACGGAUAGAAAAAAUGAAUAACAUCUACCUAUUUUACGUUAAACUAACUCGGCGACAGCCGACCUUAUUGACGACAUGUCGGAUAAUUAAUUUUUGUGCGUUUAAAAAAGAUAACUGACGUUGGCGGGCGUUUGAAAGAACAAAUUAACGUAAAUAAUGAAUUUAGUAACGGGAAAACUGUAAAAAAAAUAUAUAUUUUUCUUUUUUUAUUUGAAAUUUGCGUUUAUUUGACAAAAAAUGUACACAGUCAAUAAAAACAUCGACUCCCAAACUAGGCAAACCCUGUAUCUUGGGAACCUGGAGCACCGUCACUGUAAAGGUAUAUUGUGGCACAGUGAUCAUACUAGAGUACAAUUGACUAUUAUAUACUAUCAAUAUAUCUUACAUCAGUUAUCUUUUGUAUACAUCAUAUUAAUUUUAUUUUAAUUUUAUUCUAUUUUUAUUCAUUUAUUUAUUUUGUUUAUUACAUACAUACAAUAUUUUCCGUUUAUAUGACGACCUCGGUGGCGCAGUGGUAAAGUGCUUGCCUCUGAACCGAGAGGUCCCGAGUUCGAUCCCCGGUCGGGUCAUGAUGGAAAAUGAUCUUUUUCUGAUUGGCCCGGGUCUUGAUGUUUAUCUAUAUAUGUAUUUGUUAUAAAAUAUAGUAUCGUUGAGUUAGUAUCCCAUG